AUGGCGGCGGCGCCUCAGGCCGGUGCCGCUGCCCUCCCGGGGCCGCGCUCGCGCCUCCCGCGGCUGCCGGUGGCCCGGGCCCAGGAGAAGCGGCCCCCGUCGUGCGUCAGCACCGAGGGGCCGGCGGCGGGACCUCCCCAGCAGAAACGAUCCCGGACCGGCCUCGCGCCCGGAGGCGCCAAGGCCGCGCCCAAGGCCCCGCUCAGGGCCCCGCUCAGGACUCUGGGCCCGGCGGCCGCGGCGGGGAAGAACGAUGGCCCCCGAAAGGCGGCGACAGCGGCAGCAGCUUCUCGGGCAGGCUCUGCCACCUCUGUGGCCGUGGCCGGGAAGGGCCCCUCGAAGCGGCCGCCGUGGGACCUGCGGGGCCAGGUCGGGGACCUGCGGGAGGCGCUGGGCGAGGCCCGGCAGCGGCUGCAGGAGCUGGAGACGGAGAAACGGGAGCUGGAGAGCGGCAACCGGCAGCUGAGAGAGCGCCUGGAGCAGCUGCAGAGGGAGCUGGGGGACAGGGAGCGCAGGGAGAGCGGCCUCUGCAGCAGGGUCAGCUCCCUGGAGUCGGAGCUGUCGCGGUUCCGAGCGGAGCUGCAGCAGAGCCGGGGCCACGCUGAGGCUCUGGAGGCCGAGAGGCAGCGGCUGCAGGCCGAGGAGGAGCAGCGGCGGCAGGAGAGGGACGAUGCCCGGGGCCGGGCGCGGGAGCUGUCGGAGCAGCUGGAGAACACCGAGGCCCGGCUGCAGCAGGCGCAGCAGCAGCUGCAGCAGCAGCUGGAGCAGCUGGCGGAGCUGCGGGAGCUGGAGGCGUCGCAGCGGGCGCUGCUGGCCGAGCACGAGGAGCGCAUCCACCUGCUGGAGAUGGAGCGGCGCCGCCUGCACAACGACAUCCAGGAGCUCAAGGGAAACAUCCGUGUUUUCUGCCGCGUGCGGCCGCUGCUGCCGGAGGAGCGGGAUCGGCAGCGGGGGCUGCCCCACCUGCACUUCCCCCCGCAGGAUCCUCGCAGCCUCGUCCUCACCCGCCCUGACGACUCCCAGGUGGGCCGGGAGCGGCGCGCGGAGCUGCGCUACGACUUCUGCUUCGACCGCGUCUUCCCGCCCGCAGCUUCCCAGCAGGAAAUAUUCCAGGAAAUCCAGCUCCUCGUCCAGUCGGCGCUGGACGGAUACCCGGUGUGCAUCUUCGCCUACGGGCAGACGGGCAGCGGCAAAACCUUCACCAUGGAGGGCCCGGAGCCGCCGGGAGCGCCGGAGUCGCGCGGGAUGAUCCCGCGGGCCGUGAGGCACCUGUUCCUGGGAGCCCGCGACCUGGCGGGGAAGGGCUGGCAGUACCGUUUCUCCGCCAGCUUCCUGGAGAUCUACAACGAGGCGCUGCGGGAUCUGCUGCUGGCCAAAGGGGAGAGGGGAUCCGAGCUGGAGAUCCGGCGGCUGGCGCCCGGCAGCGAGGAGCUGCACGUGCCCAACCUCACCUGGGUGCCCGUGGAGAGCGAGGAGCAGGUGCUGGAGCUGCUGCUGCGGGCGAGCUCGCAGCGCUCGGUGGCGCGCACGGGGCUCAACGAGCGCUCCUCGCGCUCCCACUCCGUCUUCCAGCUGCGCAUCCAGGGCGAGCACGCCGGCCGCGACCUGCGCUGCGCCUCCUCGCUGACGCUGGUGGACCUGGCGGGCUCGGAGCGCCUGGAGAAGUCGGGAUCGGUCGGGAAUCGGCUGCGGGAGACGCAGAGCAUCAACUCCAGCCUCAGCGCCCUG